AGAGAGAGAGAGGAGCCAAAGACGGACCAAGUCUGAUCCGUUACUUGUUUUAGUCAAAAGCAAACGCGUUCAACUCAUUUCUCCACUUACAAUGAACCCUCUCUCUCUCUCUCUCUCUCUCUCUUCCAAGCAACAUCCCCCACCUUCAUCACUUACCUCUUUACAUAUAUUUAUAUAUAUAUCAACUCUCUCUUCACCCAAAUCAGAUACAGAACAACAAAAUCAUUCUCAAUCUCAUCCACAAUUAAUAUAUUCCAAGAUGUUUAAGCAAGAUUUAAUCUCUAAUCCCAAACCGAUUGUGAUUCGGGAAGUUUGGGCCGAAAAUUUGGAAUCCGAAUUCGAUUUGAUCGGACAACUCAUCGAUCAAUAUCCUUACAUCUCAAUGGAUACGGAGUUUCCCGGUGUAGUUUUUAGGCCAGCUAUGGAUUCUAACCGACCUUAUCAACCUCGUAAAGUACGACCCUCAGAUCACUACAAACUACUCAAAUCCAACGUCGACGAGCUUAAUCUCAUCCAAGUCGGUUUAACUCUGACCGAUUCUCACGGAAACCUACCGGAUCUCGGUCAAGACAGCCGUUUCAUAUGGGAGUUUAAUUUCAACGAUUUUGAUAUGGCGCGUGAUAAAUACGCUCCCGAUUCGAUCGAGUUGUUGCGUCGUCAAGGGAUCGAUUUCGACAGGAACUUGAGCGAUGGGAUUGAAUCGGCUCGGUUCGCCGAGCUUAUGAUGUCUUCUGGUUUGGUCUGUAACGACGCCGUUAGCUGGGUGACUUUUCACAGCGCUUACGAUUUUGGUUAUCUUGUUAAGAUUUUGACGAAUCGGAAUCUUCCUGGAGCGUUGGAUGAGUUUCUUAGGGUUGUGAGAGUGUUUUUUGGGAACAGAGUUUACGACGUGAAACACAUGAUUAGGUUCUGUAAUAGUUUGUACGGAGGAUUGGAUCGGGUUGCCAAAACCCUAGAGGUGAAAAGGGCGGUCGGAAAAUGUCACCAGGCCGGUUCAGAUAGUCUGCUGACGUGGCACGCUUUCCAAAAGAUGAGAGACGUGUAUUUUGUGAGUGCUGCGGCUGCGGAGAGCCACGCUGGCGUGUUGUUUGGAUUGGAAGUGUAUUGAUUUUGUAAUUAAUUUAAAAAUUCAAAUUAUAAUAGAAAUUAAUUCAUUAUUUGAUGAUUAAA